UGCUAUAACGACCGUUACAGAGAUGUAGGUAGACACGUAUUAAGCAGUCGUGUAUAAUCAUCGAUAAUUGUGGUAUCAAUUAUUUCUAACCAUUGCAACAAAAGUGCCAUUGAACAUCUUAUACGAAAAUUGUUCCUAAAGUUGGAAAUUAAUUUUGUUGAAUUAUUUUUGAUAAUUUUCUUAAUAGUUGAUGCAAACAAUACAAUGCAGCUAGUAUCUAAUCGAUGUUAAAAGAAGAGACUAAAAUUGAACUAAAUAAUUUGCCUCUUUAAAUUUUUGAAUUUUGAAGCUUUUAAAGAAUUGAAGAAUUUAACUGGUCAUUUAAGAUAAUUGAUUGUUGGUACAUAAGAAAAAUUAAAAAGAAAACAAAAAAAGCUAUAUACAUAUAUAUAAUAUAAACGUAUAUUAAAUUGCAUAAUUUAUUCUUCAAUUUAUUCGAUAUAAGUAUAUACUUUUUAUAUAUAUAUAUCAUAGAAUUGGGAUUUUGUUACGAUGCAUACAGCGCUGUUUGCUAUCAUCAUCGCUAACAUUGUGUAUGCUUUCGAUUUAUCGAUGCCAUUUAACAGAAAUAUUUAUAAAAAACUUGAUCUAUCUACAGCGAUUGUAACAUAUGUAGAAAUAAAGGAUAUACAUAGUUUAAAAUCACCAGUGUACACACAUACAUAUAGAAUGAGAAACUUUGGAAAUAGUCUGGUUAGUCCUAUAGUUAUGGAUAUGAUAACAGCUUUACUUUUAAACGUACUUAAAAACUCGUCAAAGAAAGAAUUGAUAACAUAUUUGAUCAGGAAUAAAGUCGGUAAAAUCCCUCUCAGCGAUAUGUACAAAUCGGAAUUCUCUUACUUAAAUGAUAUCGAAAACAUAGAAUUGUAUUUUGGAAAUGCAAUAUAUGUUCAAAAGUCAGUUAAUUUAACAAACAAUUUUAUAUCAUUAUGCAUGAAAAAGAAACUUCAUUGUUCAAAAGUAGAUUUCAAGAAUAACGUACAAACUGCAAGAAUUAUAAAUUCAUGGGUCGAAGAGAAAACAAAUGAUAAAUUACCACACGUAAUUUUUCCAGAUGUCGAUAUCAAUAAGGAUACAAAAAUUAUGUUGAUAAAUGUUGCGUACUUUCAUAUUGGAUUGGAUAAUAUAAAAGCAAAAAUAUCAGAAAAACGCAAAUAUUAUGUUACUCCAUCAAAACUGUUUUAUGUUCCAACAAUUCAAAUUGAAAAUUUGUCAUUUAUUUAUGGCGAAGUACCAUAUUGGAAUGCAAAAUUUGUUGAAAUUCCAGUUUCGAAUGCCAACAUUACAAUAAAUAUAUUUUAUCCAAUCGAAAAAGGAUCUGAAGGCCUAGAAUACAUGUUAAAUAAACUUGAUUUUGAUGAAUUUAAAUUAAUUAAAAAUGUAUACACAAACAAAUUUGAAAAUAUAGAUUAUCUAAUUCUACCUAGGUUUACAAUUGAAUAUCAUGAAAAUAUGACAACAUUUUAUUAUCAGAACGGUGUAACUACGAUGUUCAAGAAUGAUGCGGACUUGACAGGUCUCUCCAAAAUUCCUUUAAAAGUGAACAAUAUCUUUCAAACAAAUUUUAUAAACAUUAAUGUAAAAAAUUCAGAAGCUCCAAAUGUUAACGAAAAUAAAGUAAGAGAACCGGCAGAUUCACAGAAACAGCUGAUCAUAGAUUGUCCGUUUUAUUACGCAAUCAAUGUGCACGGAGAAGUAGCUUUUGCUGGAGUCAUGCAAGCACCAGAAUUUUUAUUUAGAGGAUAUAGAAAAGAUGAAUUAUAAUUAUAUUUAUUAAUUUAAAUUAUAUUUAUUACAUUCUUAUAUUUAUUGAAAAUUUAUGUCACAAUAUAUGUAUAACUUAAUUUGUUUUUAACUUUAUCAUAUUAAUGUAUAUAAAAUUUAAGCAUUAAUUAAUAAAUAAUUUGUAUUUUGAAAAUGUGCUUGAUUGCUCAUUUUUUGAUCAAUUAUCUUAUUAUUUAAAAAUAGCCAAAUAGUGCAAAUCAAUUUGCACUUGUGUACAUUAGAUGUAACAAAAUAAUUGUAUCCAUUGCAUAAUUAUAUAAUAUAGAAGA